UAUCGUUUGUCGCUCAAGUCAUCAUCUUCACCGCUGUCAUUGUGCGGUGCUAGAGGAGCUAGCAAGUGGUCGAAACUACAAGACCGUACUGAUGUACGGGUGAAAAGAGGAAAGGAGGAACUGUUAGACCCUGUAUGUAAGAACCGAGACCAAGCAUUCCCGUCAACAAGGUCCCAAGUGUCAGUAUGUUCGAUGUUCGAUCGUUACUACAUUAGUUUGCUUUUGUUCACCUCGGGUGCUUUGGGUCUCGGUGUGUUGUAGUAUUCUUUGGGGUGGACUGGUGAUGUGAAUGCAGCUGCAAAAAUUGUUGAUAGUUGGGUAGGUUCAGCCCGGUUUGGUUGAGUAGCUGCACAACUACUGUCACUGCAGUACACGUAAGUCGUUGCAGUAAAGUGCCGUACUAAUUCUGUUGCCAAAUGAUCGAGAGCAAACCAGGUAAACCGUCUGAUGGUCCGUGACUGAAGGCCAGAAACAUCAACACUGUUGGUGCAAGUGCGAAGUGCAAGGUCAGGUGCCCUCUGCACUUGGGGUGAGGUGCUAACACUUUCAGCUCAACCGCCAACACUGGCAACAGCUCAAAAAUCAAGCGUCUGUUGGAUAGGCGUGAGUGAAAACCCAAAGCUGGCUAGAAACUGGGACUAGUCUUUCUAGGUACGAGUGCUGUUAUGUGGCAGCGAGUGAGUCGUUGCUAGUGUAGAUCUACAUGCAGUGGAAAGGCUCUGGGUGCCUCAACUGGCUCUAGCUCAGCUGCAUGACCGCGGCGUCGUCUUUGUUUCUGGCGUGGAAGUGGGAGCAUUGGAACUGUAGCUGAAGCUGCAAUUGUGACAAUGCCAAUGGUUUUUACUUCGUGACAAGCUCCGUAUGAAGCGUCCAAGCUUGAAGACAGGGGAAAGCUUCCAAGAAAAGCUUUGACUCUAGUACCUAUCGUCAUCCCAAGCAGGACAUCUAUAAUCGAUGGCGUCCCCACAGCCUAUCGACAGAGCCAGUAGCAGUGAGUCGUUUGACGAAGAGGACCUGGUGUGCGCACUAAGUUGCCUGGAGGCCACUGCAGAUCAGCUGAAACAUGAAGAAGAACUGGGACAUUUGCCUAUCAGCUGCAGAACAGAGUCCUGUGGUUCUAGUGAAGCCGUAUCACUAGCAAAGGAAUUGCAAGUAGCACAGCAUCCAUCAACAGCACAUGUAGACUUGGAGUCCAGGGCAGACAUGAGCUUGGUCGGCUCUGAAGCCGCAGAGCAACACCUCUGUGCAGACAACUGCAGACAAAACUACGAGGAUGUGGAUCUGCGGGGCGCUGACUCUCCUGAUCUGCACACAGCUGCCGCACUAAGGAUCCAGCGAGCAUGGAGACACCACAGAUUACUAAGCUCCAGCAGAGAAGAGGUCACUGCAGAGAGGCCCAAUCCGUUUAGCAGCCCUACGCCCGAUCAGUUGAAGCUAAGACUGACGUCUGUGGAUAGCAAGGCUAGUCUCGAGCAGUCGUUUGCCACUGAUGACGAAGCGUCACCAGUUGAUCCCACCUACCACAUGGCUACAGUAGCUGCUCAGCUGUGCACGCUUGCUUCCCAUGAGAAACACCUGGAAGAGAUAACCCGGACAGUACCAUCAUCCGGUGAUGAGAUGGAGGGGGAGGAGGAGGAGGAGGUGGACGGUGCUCACACUAGUGUUCUGUCCUCUGCUCAGAAGGCAAGACUGCUGGCACCCAGCAUGCAGAUAUGCUUCACCGCCGCACGUCAGGAUGCAUCCGAUGUGGCACCGCAUCUUCCAGUCAGCGGACGAGAGAGUAGGGGCGCUGCGGACGGUGCAUCUUCAGGCUCGCCGGUAGGAACGGACGACGAGCGUAGCGACAGCAUAAAACAAGACCGGCUGGCAGUGAAAUCACACGCGGCCAAGAUGGCAUCUUGUGGAUCUCCUCAUAGUCGGCUGUCAGUGGACGGCGGUGCAUCUGAUGUUGCGGCAUUGGCUGCUCGCUCUAGUUCACCGGACAAUAUCGUGAUGGACUCAGCAAUAGCUGCUCCUGGAAGCCAGGCAUCUGGUGGACGACAGCGUGCCAAUCAGGUGUUUGAUGUGCGAUUGCUAUCUCAACUAUCAGUUCUGCAUCUGCAGAGUCUACGCGAGGAAUUCGAAAAUGAAGUUCGAAUGAUGUCAGAAGAGCUAGUCGAGCAGCUGACUGAACGUGAUGGUCGCGUAUCCGACCGUGAGGAGUACAACCGACUCUUCCGGCACUACUCAAAGCUUCAGAAGGAGCCAACCUACCGAGAGGAUUCUGCCGUAACAUGGCCGUCUUCCUUUCAAGCUCCAAACCCGGCGAAGCCAUCUUCGUCGUCCACAGGUAUUCUCUCACGGACGCGUGAUGCCCUGCGGUCAAAGAUGGCGUAGCGUGCAUGCUGGCACUUACACCUACUAGUAUGCACGACAUGGAGGAACUUAGUGCACGGAGCAACAAUACUAUCACCGCAUCAGCUGCAAGCGUAUGUAUACAAUACUAUCACCGCAUCAGCUGCAGGCGUAUGUGCUUCUUGGAAGCCAAAUGCUCAUGCAGUUUUCCGUACUUGCCAAAUGCCUUUCUCAGCUUGCCUUUGUUUUGAGCUCGGCAACUUGAAAAUGUAUUGAGAUAGGCUACGCACAUCCUGCAAUAUUCUAGUAUCUUUUAAAACGUUUUCUUAUGCAGGAUUAUACGGUUACACAGUGCUAACAGAGAAUCCAAGGCUAGGCCCGGAUGGGGCAACAAGAUGUGUUUGUGCCUGAACUAUUCCUAACCUAGUUCCCCCAUUGACCGGCAUUGUGAUGGGCCAAUCCAGUACAGAAUUGAAUACAAUGUUGAGAUGUUGUGCAAUUCAACUAAUUUGCUUUAUUUUAUUACUCUAUUGCUAUUUCCCGAGCAACAAUUUUCUCAUUGAUUCAUUAACCUAGCUAGUAGCUGUUACAGAAUUCUCAGUGCCCAUGGCUAUUUAAGAUGCCUUUUCAUUCCUUUUCUUCUUCCCUCUAUUCCUUGAUUGGAAGACUCCCCCCCCCCCCCUUUCAGAACUUUUUUGAAAAGUGUUAUUAACCCAAGACAGCCUGCUGUCCCAACAACAAAAUAUCAGAUAGGUAAUAAUCAUUACCAUCAUGCAGUGA